AUGACUCACUGCCAAACGGAGCUUAUUCGCACGCAAGACGACGUCCAGUCCUUACACGAUACAGUCGCAGUCAUGAAGUCGGCGUCCCGACUCCACGGUACCGUGGACGCCUCGGACUACCUCGACCAAAUACACAGCAAUCAGUUGAAGCCAAUGCAUGAGAAACUCGCUGGAUGCCAUGGCGCGUGUCGGGUUGUGCAAGCUGAGCGAGAGUGCCUUCAACAAGAUAAGGAGGAUCUCAAAAAGCAGCUCGAAGAAGAGAGGAAGAACAACGCAAAGGAGAAGGCAACAUUUCUCGAGCUACAAGAGGCCAAUAGCCGACUACACACAGCAUUGGCAAUACAUGCCCCUUUUCGUCUGGAGGAAGGUGCUACAACGGCACGCUCCCCGGCCCUUCACCAAAGCGAGGAGCAGAUAGCGAGUACAUGCUUGAUCUGUGCAUCGAAUCUAUACGACUGA